AUGGUUCGGCUCGUGGAAAUUAUGUUCGAAUACGUUCACAGCCUCUGCAAGAAGCAUCGAAAGGCUUUACAGUUUGCGUCUGCUGGGAUAAUGCUUUCAGUCUCUCUGGUUCUGCCGUCAUUCUAUCCUGCCGCACUUGGUCUUCGAGGCAUUUGGAAAGUGUAAGUGAGCUGCAACCACUGAGGGCAAUUUCAUGCCUCAUUGCAACUUGAUAUCCCCGUUUCAACGUAACAAAGAUCAGUGUAAUUGUGAACUGGGGAACGAAUCUACACCUGUUUCAGCUUUCUCGGUCUUUAGCAAGUAUCAUCUGGGCAUCUCAUUCUUUGGCUUCGCAUCAAUUUUUACUGUUAGUAUAUCAUCGAUUCUGGGCUAACUAUUAAUAGCUCCAUCGGCGUCUGGGCAGUUUCCAUGAUAACAUUCCUGUGUCUUUCAGCGCGAACCCUCGUUGAGUACAGACGAUCCGCUCACAUCUAGACAGAACAAUGCUAACUGUGUUUCCAGCAACGGGCCGUACACGCUUCUUUCAAUCUUUGUAAUUGGCUUUGGUAUAUCCAACUUACCUCUUCCACUCGAAGAAUACGGGCCUCUGGCAACAGGGUUUGGGCUAAUUUCAACGCUACAAACUGCCCCAGUUAUUCGUAGCUUCUUGAUAGGAAGCCCUAAUCCUCGUCAGGGAACACAUGACUUUGACACAGAAUUGGGCCUUGGAUCUUUUAAUCAGAGUCAGCUUCCAUCUUAUGGCCCAAUUAGCCAUACAGGAAACCCCCCAGGUCCUUGGAAUCCAUUAGCCCACGCUGGGGCCGUUUUCAAUGUCAAUAACGACCCCGUUGUUUCUAUCUCCUUUGGAUCACAUACGACUAACGGAUCCGUACGUGGAAACUCAGAAGUUUCGAGUGACUUAACGUCCGAGUCGGCAGACCCACCCAUCUAAUGAGUCGCGAGUCUCUCCAAAUUGCAGUCACUUGGUAAGAUCUUCGCUUAAACUCGCAAACUGCAUUCAGACUGGGGCCAUCGAAGGAGUAUUGAAACUAUAA